UCAGCUUGACGUUCCCUUCUCAAAGAGAACAUCAAGCUUUUAAUAAAAGCACACACUCAAAAAUAUAUCCCUCCGUUUCCUCCUCUUUCUUUCCUCUCUAAUUUUCGGUUGGUUGGUUUGUUUUGGAAGGAAAAACACUCAAGUUUUGAUUAAAAAGAAAUAUGCAGGCGGUUUCUACUACACAAAGUGUUAACUCUUCAAUAAUUCGUCCGUCGAAGCCUCGUCUCAACCAACUGACUCGGUUUGCCAUUCGCUGCGUUUACCGCUCUGACUCAGUCCAAUUCCCCAAUGGAAUCGGUUCAAGCCGUGCAGAUUGGCAAAGCUCCUGUGCUAUUCUCUCUAGCAAAGUCUUUUCGCAGGAUCAGGAUUCCGGCGACAAAUCCACGCCUUCCUCGGCCUCUGACCACCUCGCCGCCGCCGUUAACGGUACCAAAACCUCCAUAGAUCUCAACCUAUUCCCCAUCGACAAAAAUAACAAGCCUCAACCACCUUCCCAGCCGCCUCCACAAAAACCGUUAACCAUCACCGACCUGUCUCCUGCUCCGAAGCACGGCUCUCGGCUGCGUGUGGCCUACCAGGGAGUCCCCGGGGCCUACUCCGAAGCUGCAGCUGGAAAAGCUUAUGCCAACUGUGAAGCCAUCCCUUGUGACCAGUUUGAAGUCGCGUUUCAAGCAGUUGAGCUUUGGAUCGCUGAUCGAGCGGUCUUACCGGUGGAAAACUCACUAGGCGGCUCGAUUCAUCGGAACUACGAUCUCCUUCUUCGGCACCGCCUACACAUCGUUGGUGAAGUCCAACUCCCAGUCCACCACUGCCUCUUAGCUCUUCCAGGAGUCAGGAAAGAGUACCUGACACGUGUUAUUUCUCAUCCGCAAGCUCUCUCCCAGUGUGAACACACCCUCACCAAACUAGGCCUCAACGUCACGCGCGAAGCCUUCGAUGACACGGCCGCAGCCGCAGAAUACAUCGCAACCAACAACCUCCGCGACACCGCUGCUAUAGCAAGCGCACGCGCUGCCGAACUCUACGGACUCCAAAUCCUCGCCGAUGGAAUACAAGACGAUUCGUGUAACGUAACGCGCUUCGUCAUGUUAGCACGGGAGCCAAUUAUCCCGCGCACGGAUCGUCCAUUUAAAACGAGCAUCGUUUUCGCUAACGAUAAAGGGAUGAGCGUGCUUUUUAAAGUGCUUUCGGCGUUUGCCUUCAGGAAUAUCAGUUUGACAAAAAUCGAGUCGCGGCCGCACCGCAACAGGCCAAUCCGGUUGGUUGACGACGCUAAUGUUGGAACCGCCAAGCAUUUCGAGUACAUGUUUUACGUGGAUUUCGAAGCAUCGAUGGCGGAGGUUAGAGCCCAAAACGCGUUGGCUGAGGUCCAGGAAUUCACCUCUUUCUUGAGGGUGUUGGGCAGUUACCCCAUGGAUAUGACGCCUUGGUGCCCUUCAAGGGGAGAUUAGCAAAACCCAUGAAAAUAAAAAAUUAUUUGCUCAUAAAAGAGAAGUGGGGAAAUUAAUUUAAUCGUACUUUUCAAUUUUUUUAUUACGAGAAUAUUUAAUUCAUCAAGCAAAAAACAAAAAAAAAAAAAAAAUUGUCGUCGUUCGUUGUUGUUGGGUAAAUAUUUUUAUAGUAUGUUUGAUUAUGUCUUUCCGAAUUUUUUUCUUGUUUUCGUGUAAGAAUAUGUCAAUACUAUCUCAAACUUAAUCUUUUCUCUCUUUUGUUUUUCAUUAAUCCUCAGUUUUGAAUGUUAAUAAUGGUUGUUGGAAUGUUGAAAGGAACUUAAAAA